CAUCCGAUAAAUGUACAUUUUUCUGUUUUUGUUGUUGUAAGUGAGGGUUAGUUUGGUAGAUCAUUCGGCGGGAAGAUAGCAAGGUUUACCGAGGCGCCUCUGCUAGCGUUCAAAAAUUUGCACAGGUGCGUCAAGCUAGUGGCGGACUCAAACGUCGCGUUUUUUUUCCAGCCGUGCGGUAUCAUUUCAAUCGAAAUCCCGAAGUGACAAAACUUUUAUUAGUUUCCGUUCUUCCGUGCGCAUGCGUGGAGAGUCAACAUUGUGCAUUCAUGAAUACACGCCAGUUACACGGCAUAGAAUCUUCAUGCAUGGCUGAUGAAAGAAGCUACGAAUACACGCCUCCUGAGUUUAGUAUGACGGUCGAGGCAACUGCACGCACAAGCUGUGGCGGUACCACGGGCGCUUCAUCUACCUUGGGCGCCUACACAACCAUUCCUGAUGACGCGUGGAAGUACCAGUGGAAUACACAGCCCACGCCGAUAACCGAGGGGACUUACGUCGAAGGCGUCCCUGAUAAUGGCAUCACGAGUUACCAGCAACUGGGGUGCGUCAGCAACAACAAUCAAGCAAGGCCCAGCACAAGCCGCGCUGGCAAGGAGAAAGCAUCAGCCAAUUUUGAAGGCGGUGCCACAAUUUCCGAGAGCACCAUGGUUCACCAAGGGAACACGCAGUACCAACUGGUUGAAAGCACGUCCACCAUCUUCGGGCAUACAGACAUGACAGAAACCGAAAGCACAGGUCUCACACUUCCAGUCUACAGCAGCAGCAGCGGCGCUGAUUACGCAGUGGCCAGUACGAGCCGGACUGGCACAGAGGAAGCAUCGGACAGUUCGAGAAACGACGCUAGGCGCUGGUGCUCCGGGGGCGCCGAAACCGCCACGGUUGAAGGAAGUAAGAGUGGACACACGCCUCCUGCGUUUACCUUCAGCGACGAAGCAACUCCGAGCACAAGCCAGGAAUUCUUCGAGGGCGUUUCAUGGACUUCCGACUGUAGCACUACGAUUUGUGACGACUCCUUCGAAGACCUGUGGAACGCGUUGAACAGCCACAACGAUGCCAGUGACGUCACGGGCCAUACACAUGUCACCGAAAGCGGAAUCACCCGUUCCCCGCCUAUGGUGUCCAGCCGCAGCGGCAAUCACGCACAGCCCAGUACGAGCCGCGCUGGCUUAGAGGAAGCAUUGGCCGUUCCGGAAAACAUCGCUAGGAAUGCUCCUGGAACCGGAGGAAGGGAACAGCGAGAGUUGUGCGGUGUCUGUGGCAAUGCUUCGAGCAGACCGGACGCCUUACAUGGGCACGCCAAGGAACGCACGGAUGACACAGCCGAGAUUUGCAAAGCCUGUGGUCAAUCGUCUGUGAAGAUGUCUAAGUCUGUCGAACAUUGCCGUAACCUCACUGGCAAAAAACAGAAAUGCGAAACCUGUGGCAAACAGUUCCACCGUGCUCACCACCCAGCUCAACAUCACUGCACGGAUACAGACGAGAAACUCUACAAAUGCAAUAUGUGUGAUAAAUCGUUCCGGCAUUCUCAUCAUCUAAAAAUCCAUAAGCGCACUCAUACAGACGAGAGACCCCACAAAUGCCAAAUAUGUGCUAAAUCGUUUCGGCAGUCUAAUCAUCUAGAUAAACAUAAGCGCACCCAUACAGACGAGAGACCAUACAAAUGCCAAAUAUGUAAUAAAUGGUUCCGGGCGUCUAGUCAUCUAGAUAGCCAUAAGCGCCAACACACAGGUGAGAAACCCUACAUUUGCAAAACAUGCGGUAAAUCAUACACGCGGCCGGAUUGUCUGCAUAGGCAUGAGCAAGCUCACGCAGAGGAGAAACUUCAUGCAUGCCAAAAAUGCGGUAAAUCAUUUUCAUGCAAAUAUAACCUCAAGAGACAUGUAGACUCCCAAUGCGGAAACAGCGCUUUUGUUUGCGAAAUCUGUGAUCGAUUCUUUAUGAGCAAUUCGGCUCUUCUUCGUCACCGCCGAACAAAGCACGUGGAUAGGACACCGUAUGAGUGUACGCAGUGCGGUUGUCGUUUUGCAGACAAAGAAACGCGCGAUAGGCAUGUGUGCCAGAAGGAACGCAAGAUAUGAACGAUUCCGUCUGGGUUUUCGAAAUUGCGCGACAAGACCUCAUCGCCAGAAGUAUUUGGGGUGCUUCAAUAUCGAAAAACACUGUAGGUCCUGGCCAGCGCUCACUGUUCCGUGAACUAUGUUGUUGGUGAAUGUCGCUUAAUCAAACUGAUUUCAAGAAAAACCUUAAUGGACUGCAAGAUUGUUUUGCGUAACUAGAGGGUUGAGGGAAACUUCUUGUAAAGGUCUUUUGACAGUGUACCAGCGAAGAAGCUUUGAUGAGCCAUAUUAGUAUUGAUAUUACAGCGUAAACAAAAUGUAAUAUCUCUUUUUAGGAAGCAUUUAGCAAGAAAGGACGUACUGUAUUCUUGUCAACUAAAAAGUAAUUUCUGCCAUUAAUGGAGGUCCAGAGGGAACUUUGCCUUCGAGAGAAAGCCCUUGCAGAUGCUUUUACGACAAUGCCUAACUACAUCGUACGCGUUUGAAAAGUCUGCUUGAGAAAGUUUGUUCAAUGCAUUGACCAUUCUUUGGCGCCUGUAUUCAUACCGAAAAUGUUUUUUCUGUACCAUAACAUAAGCUGAUGAUAGUGAGACCGCAUUAGACUCGAAUUAUUUCGAAAUUCAUUAUAUGACAUGGUCUCCCCUUAGCAAAAUUUUAAGUUGUUUUAUUGUGGCAGGACUUGUGAAGUUUAAUGGACAGCUUUUUAUCCACUCGCAAUUCGUCUGUUUUGACUCAGACUGCUCUCUAGUAGCAGCUGUAUAAUCUUUUUAGCCUGAUGGGACAGAAGUUUCUGUGCAAAAAUGACAAAUGUUUUACAUGACAAGUAAGUUUUCAUAUGUUUACAUGCUUACUUUUAUAUAUUUUUCCUGUGAACGCAUUCUUCCGGCUAAAAAAUGUUAGGUUACCGCUCUGCGCAUUACGCGCCUGCGUGUAUCAGAACCUUCUAGGUCUUUCUCGCCCAUCAUAUAUUAUUUUUUCUGUGCUCUGGUCGAACCUUUCAUAACCAAACUGCAUGCUCAAUACGAAUAAAAAUGCAUUCGUGAAGGCU